AUGGCUUGGUGGCAGACCUUCACAGGCCAUGAGUCUGACAUCAAUGUCAUCUGUUUCUUUCCAAAUGGCAAUGCAUUUGCCACCGGCUCAGAUGACACCACCUGCAGGCUGUUAGACCUUCGCACAGACCAGAAGCUCAUGACCUACUCCCACGACAACAUCAUCUGUGGGAUCACCUCAGUCUCCUUCUCCAAGAGCAGGAGGCUACUCCUCGCCAGGUACAACGACUAAGUAAGCGGCUUCAAGUGCAAUGUCUGGGACAUGCUCAAGGCUGGCAGGGCAGGUGUCCUGGCUGGUCAUGGCAACUGCAUCAGCUCCCUGGGAAUGACAGAUGAUGGCAUGACCAUGGACACGGGGUCCUGGGGCAGCUUCCUCAAGAUCUGUCUUCUUUAUUUCUUAAAACAAACAUAA